AUGAAUUCACUGUGUCCCAGUUGUAAUAAAAAAAGGGAUUCGAUGAAUAGCACCAACUGGACUCGCCAUACAAAAUCUUGUCAAAAAAAAAAGGCUGUAAAAAGAACUGUUUCUAGUAUUUCUGACUAUUUUAAACGUACACAAUGUAAAGGAAAAUUUCAAAAAUUUGAACAAUCACAAAUUGUAAUUAAUGAAAGUAAACGAAAUGAAGUAAUUGCUGAUUUGAACAUACCUGGUACUAGUAGUACAUCAGAUAAACAGUGUAUUUUACCAGCUGUAAACGAAAUGAAUCUAGAACAAUUUCAUAAUGAUCCUGCUAUGAUGAACUCAAACGUAUCAAAUGAACUUUUUGUUCAUUAUGCAUCUCUAGAGCCAUGUCAACCUUCCAAAUCUCAAUUAAGUGGUAGUAAAUUUCCUACAAAACAGCAAGGUGAUCGUUUAAGGUCAUUUCAUGAAAAACAUUAUUUCAAAGAAAUUUCACCUGGAAAUUUUGUGAAACGUAAUUGGCUAUCAUAUUCUCCUAUUACUGAUUGCAUAUUUUUUGUAGUUUGUAAAUUGUUUGGACUACCAAAUGGAAAACAUGAUCAAUUUUCAAAACUUGGAACAAAUGACUGGAGAUAUAUUUCAUUUAAAAUUAAAGCACAUGAAUCUGCUCCAGAGCACUUACAGUCAGAAAUACGUCGAGUUAUGUUUACAAGUCAACUAAGGGUCGAUGUGCAGCUAUUAUCUGCAUCAAAUUCACAGAUAGCGGAAAAUAGAGAAAUUGUUAAAAUCAUUUUUGAAGCUUUAUUGUACCUAGCUCGACAAAAUAAUGUUUUUCGAGGUCAUGAUGAACAUUGGAGUUCAUCUAAUCAAGGCAACUUUCUUGAACUAGUUAAACUUUUAGGUAAAUAUAAUCCUUUGCUCUCUGCUCAUUUAUCCAAAAUUCAAAGUGCAAAAAAACAGAUUAACAUUUUUAUCAAAUGUUAG